UUUGAAAUUCAUGUUAACUUGUAUGAUGGUUAUAAUUUUAGGAGCUUUUUUCAUAACAGCUCUCACUAUUUCUAAUGGAUUUCAACAACAAAUUCAUCAACGGGCAACUUUACAGAAAGAAUUAUUUGGUUACGAGGAUGUUAUGAAACAUCUACAGGCUGGUUAUCGUGUUUCUUACUACAUGAAGUCACCAGAUUGUAACACGUCAUUGAUUCAAAAGCAAUUUCAUGUUCCGUUUGGAGAUAGAGUUGAUCUCUACUUCCAGUUUAGCUAUAAUGGUAUAUGGGCUACCCAGUUCUCCUCUCAGAAACACAUUUCACAAGGACGAGAAAUAAUUCUACGACAAGCUGUGAUUGAUAGAAACGAUAUAGCUCACUGGAAUAUUUCAGUCACAGAUAGAAGCUUUGGUCAUGUUUUAGAAUCCUGGAACUUCACUUGUUUUUUUGGAAAUGAUAUAGGAAAGAAGGUAGCCCAACUGAAGUUUUAUGCAACUGAUAUAAAACCAAUAAAAGUUGUAUAUUUGGAAGAUAUUAAAACUGCGCUGGAGACAGGAGGCCAUGUGCGAUACAGCACAUCUUUCAUUGAUUGUCAGGGAGAUUUGAAAUGGGAAGCUUUAGAAGCGGAAAUAACAGAUUUUGAUAUUACAAAGGUCAACAACGUAACAGUAAUAAAGACAAGCAAGAAAGCUACAAUAAAAGGUGGCAUAACAAACUUUGAAUACAUUAUCUUAACUAGUUAUACCACAAAAACAUUUGGAGCAUAUACUAAUUUCAUUGUAACCUACAAUACAAUUGACCAGCCGGUACAAGAGGUUUAUAGAGGAAAUAUGAACUGUAUGUUUCAAUCUGGAGGAGGCAUUAACUAUUACCUUGGAGUAUAAGUAAUCUGGAGGAGACAUUAACUAUUACCUUGGAGUAUAAAAUACGAGUGGAAAGAAUAUGACAAAGAGCGAACCGUUGUAUCAGCUUUAAAUUUGAAAUAUUAAACUAUU